UCAGUUCGCUUCCUGGCUUUCGACAGCGCGGAAUCGACUCUUCAGCAUCAGCAGCAGCACUAGCACUAGCAGAGUAGCCCAGCAGCAGCCCUAGCAGUAGUCUCUCAGCACACGAAGACGAUGAACUUUACGAAGCUCUUCAUUCUGGUGGCGAUCGCCGUGCUGGUGGUCGUUGGCGUCCAGCCUGCCGACGGUGCCCCAAGGUGGAAGUUCGGCAAACGACUAGAAAAGCUGGGUCGGAAUGUGUUCAAGGCGGCCCAGAAAGCCCUGCCCGUCAUCGCCGGAUACAAGGCCCUCGGCUAGAUAGCAUCACCCACCGGCCGGUCCGACUCCCCAACUGACAACGCCUUCGGCUGUGUCGUUCUUCAGCUUUACACUGUGUGUGUGUGUGUGUGUUUGUGUGUGUAGUAUGUAAGCUAACCAUCGAAUAAAACCCAACAGAUCGUAACCUUCUGUCUU